ACGCUGAGCUACGCUUGAUGGUUCUAUCUCAACAACUUUAGGCUGACAAGUUAAUUAAUCAUAGACAAUCGAGAGAUAAUUGUUAAACAAUGUUUCAAGUAAAGAAAAAAAGCAUAUUCUUCUUAAAAAAAAUUGUACACAAGCUCAACUGCUCAUAACCUGCAAGUACCAUUAUACAGUUUUUUAAAGCAGCGACAGCAAGUAGGCCUGCACUGGUGUUUCUGUAUAAUAUUAUUCCCUCCUUCAUGAUGCACGCCUUACCCAAAAUCCUCUUUAGCCUAUAAAUAAAUUCAUGAUCUUUGCCUCUGACACCUCAGGGGAUCAUCAUGUAUCUCACAUUUCUUGUGAUCUUACUGUUGCUUCUUGCUGUAUCUCUUGUGAAAUUUGCUUACUCAGUAUUAUGGGUGCCGUACAAAAUUCAAGCCCACUUCAUGAAACAAGGAAUAAGGGGCCCUGGCUACCGGCCGAUGUUCGGGAAUAUGGCAGAGAAGCGUAGGCUGACGGCGGAGGCUCAGUCAAGGCGGAUGUCAUUAUUUGAUCACGACAUACUCCAGCGAGUGGUGCCAUUUUACCACGAGUGGUCAUGCGAGUAUGGAGAGACUUUACUGUACUGGUCAGGGACAAGACCAGAAUUGGUCAUAGCUGAGGCAGGGUUGAUUAAGGAGAUUCUUAUGGAUACGAGUGGGUUAUUUGAGAAGGCUCGUGUUGAACCCUUUGUCAAGCAGCUGUUGGGAAACGGACUCCCUGCGCUCACGGCUGAGAAAUGGGCUCUUCACAAGAGAAUCACUAGUCUCGCCUUGAACAUGAAGCAAGUUAAGGGAUGGGUGCCAAAAAUAGUAGCUAGUACAGUGAAAAUGCUGGAUGAGUGGGAAGAAAAAAGGCAAGGGAAAAAUGAAUUUGAAGUGGAUGUGCACAAAGAACUCCAUAAUCUGUCAGCAGAUAUUAUUUCCAGAACAAUUUUUGGAAGCAGUUAUGAAGAGGGAAAGCUGAUAUUCAAUUUACAAGAAAAGCAACUACGCCUUAUCUCUCAGGCUCAUCAAGCUCUCUACAUUCCAGGAUUCAGGUUCUUGCCUACCAAGAUGAACAUAGAGAGGUGGAGAGUAGAGAAGAAAAUCCGGGCUUCAAUUCGAGCAACGAUCGACACUAAUAGCAGAAGAGAAGAGAGCUCAAGAAAUUUGCUUAGCUUGUUAAUGUGUCCUUAUAAGAAUCGUGAUGGUAAAGAUGAGAGAUUAGAUGUUGAGGAGGUUAUUGAUGAAUGCAAAACGUUUUACUUUGCAGGAAAAGAAACAACUGCUAAUACAUUGACUUGGGCACUUCUCCUUUUAUCAAUGCAUCAAGAAUGGCAAAUCAAAGCCAGAGAAGAAGUUGUUCUAGUUUGCAGAGAUAAAGAGCUUCCCACUGCAGAAAUGCUUGGUGAAUUUAAGAUUAUAACAAUGAUACUGAAUGAAACACUCCGUCUCUACACUCCAGUUGUUGCGUUGAUCAAGCAAGCAAAAAAAGACGUUAAGCUGGGGGACAUAGAAAUUCCAGCCAAAACAGAACUUGUUUUGGCCUUUAGUAAAGCUCAUCGAGACACUGGGAUAUGGGGUGUAGAUGCUAACAAGUUCAAUCCUGAGAGAUUCAUGGAAGCUCGAAAUCUAUCGGCCGUGUUUUUCCCAUGGAGUUUAGGCCCUAGAAUAUGUGUGGGACGGAGUUUAGCCAUGGCUGAGAUGAAAAUUGUUCUAGCUAUGAUCAUUCGCCGAUUCUCUUUUGUGGUGUCUCCAACAUAUGUUCAUGCUCCGAUUAAUUUCCUGACAGUACAGCCUCAAUAUGGCGCACAAAUUCUCUUCAGGAAAGUCUCUAAAUGAUUGUUUGCUGAGUUUUGUUUGGAACCCUCUGUUCGAAAAUUUUAGUCAAUGCAAUUGUUGAUACAUGAAACUCAUCAUUGUGAUAAUUAUAAUAAACUGUUGUA